AUGGUUUUGAGGAGUUUAUUGCUUUUAAUAUGUUUAAGUCAUAUUUUAGCUGCGGACUCGUGGAGGAAACCUGGCUGUCACCGAAUUGGUCAUACAAGAAAUAUAAGUAUACCAGACUGCGUUGAGUUCAAAAUAACAACAAAUGCCUGCCGAGGAUUUUGCGAAUCAUGGUCUUUGCCAAGCAUCAUGCUGGGUAUUAAAAGGCAUCCGGUUACAUCGUUGGGACAGUGCUGUAAUAUAAUGGAAUCUGAGGAUGUUCCAGUUAAAGUGUUGUGCUUAGACGGCGAAAGAAACCUAAUAUUUAAGUCCGCCAUCUCAUGCGCUUGUUAUCAUUGUCAAAAAGAGUAA